AUGCCAGCCAACUUCGGUAUCCCAGCCGCCUUCUCUCGCGCUGAACGCCAUAGCGUUGCUGCACCCGCGAAAUCGAAAACCACACCGGAGGAAAACAAACGACAGCAUGGUGAGAACAUCUUACGGUGCCUAGAGCCGAAUUCUGGGGCAUCAUUUGCAAGAAAUGCUACGCCUGCCCUGUCUAUCUUCAAAAUAAUCUCUCCGGAAGAGAUCAAAAAUCUUGCCAAGGUCUAUUUUAACAAGGUCGCUCCAUGUUAUGGAUUGGUCAACCGUCAAGUAUUCUUCCAACGUCUCGAAGAGCGGUCGCAGUCAACAUUGAGCAAUGACCGAUAUGACAGUGUUUUUGCCGGGGUCGCUGCGCUCGGCUCGUUGCUUCAGUUUUUGAACGGUCUUUGA